GUUGUCUCCAGCCAACCUCCCUUGACUGCAUUUUGUCAGGAACACCCUUCUAUUCAGACUUCCUACAACAGCUUCCAGAAAUAUCUCCACUUGCAGGGUUCAGAACGAUGAAGAAGCUCUUGGUGGAUGUGGACUGUGGUGUGGACGAUGCUCAGGCCAUCAUGCUGGCGCUGGCCACUCCCAAAGUGGAGCUCCUGGGGAUCACCUGUGUGCAUGGAAACACGGCUGUAGAGAACGUGUGCAAGAAUGUUCUGCGUGUUCUGCAGGCCUGCAAUAAGCUGGAUAUCCCAGUCUUUAAAGGUGCUGAUAGGUCUAUCCUGGGGAACAUGCUGAAUGCAGGAGAGUUCCAUGGAAAGGAUGGCCUGGGUGACGCUCCGGACCCCAAUGCUCCAGGACUGGACCAGCUUCAGAAGGAGAACGCUGUGUCAGCCAUUAUCCGGAUUGUUAAUGAAAACCCAGGAGAGGUGUGUCUGGUUGCCACGGCACCCCUAACCAACUUGGCUCUGGCUGUGAGGAUGGAUCCAUCUCUGCCGCGUAAACUCAAAGGGCUCUACAUAAUGGGAGGGAACACGGAGUCCCGAGGAAACAUCACGGUGUGCGGCGAGUUCAACUUCACUUCUGAUCCAGAAGCUGCAUACAUCGUGCUGAAUGAUUACCAGUGUCCAACCUACUUGGCCUGCUGGGAGUUUACCUGCUACAACAAGCUGCCCUGGGAGUUCUGUGACGCCUGGUUGGCGCAGAACACCCAUAAAGCUCGCUUCAUGGCAAAGAUUUUCCGCCACAGCAUCGAGGCGUCAAAGACCGACCGCUUCGAGAGAGAGUUUAUUGCCGGGUCGGGCCUCAUUUCCUGUGACUCAUAUGCUAUGGCCGCCGCUGUGGAUGACUCAUUCAUCAUAGAGAGCGACCAGUUUCCAGUCAGCGUGGAGCUGAUGGGGCAUAACACCAGAGGGAUGAUGAUCGUGGACACUCUGGGACUGCUGAACAAAACGCAUAAAGCUUUUAUCAUAAAAAAGGUGGAUAUGGAGAAGUUUAAGAGGAUGAUGAUGGCGGCUCUGAAAUGAGUUUCACCUCUUUGCCGUAUGUCUUUAACUGAUAAUGCUCUAAAGCUGCACAUGUACCUUCAUGAUGGAAUGACUCCAGUAUAAACAGACUGAAACCUUUGA